AUGGCUGCGGAAGUGUCACUACCUGUGCCCAUUUCCUUCGUGUCCGGCCGCUAUCUCCUCUUCUCGUCUGAUGCUGUCACGUACUUAAGAAGGGAACACAACAUCUGUGGUGUGCUGAUGGGCACCUUACCCCAGGCGCCCCAGCAAAAUGUUUUCCUUGGCUUGCCCUUGGAGCUGAUGCCCGAGGAAACGAAGCUGCUCGUUGAAAAGGGAGUGGCGCGAAUUGUUGAUGACUUUAGAUACCACAAUGAUGCUAUGCGAUCAUUACUGCAAGAAGACAGGCGCAAAUACCUCGAGGAUCUUAACAGAGAUGGCCAAAAUGUAUCGCGAAUCAUAUCUGGCAGGAAAGAGCAGCGGCGUGAGAAAGCCUUGCAAAAGGUAGCACAGAAGGCAAUCGCCAGAUCGUCUUCACCCCAGGUAGCAGUUGCGGAAAAUGCCGAGGAAGAACUUUUCGAAUCGCCUACGCGGCCAGGAAGUUCCAUGGCAAGUUCCAGCUCUAAUGUAUCCUUAUCAUCGAUAAGCAUAACACCUGCGACUACAUAUCCUCUUUUGCCUGAUCAGCCUCCUGCAGAGUACAACAUGGAUCUGCCGCAGGUACCCACUUCUUAUGCGGUGUUUGCUCACCUUCAUUCCCAAGGCUACUUUUUGUCCCCGGGUCUGAGAUUUGGAUGUCAAUACAUGGCCUAUCCUGGCGACCCACUGCGUUUUCACUCACAUUUUUUAGUCUAUGGGUUCGAGCGGGACCAGGAGAUUGACCUCAUGGAAAUUGUAUCCGGUGGUCGACUUGGAACUGGUGUCAAGAAGGGUUACCUUCUAGGUUUCGCCGCCGAACCAGAGGACUCCUCUUCUGAGGUUCGUACAUUCAGCAUCGAAUGGGCUGUCCUUGGUCCUAGUCGACGGGAUUUUGAAGUCAUCCGACAGCUCAGUGUCUUUAGUGCUAUCAUUCACCAUAACCCAACGGCCAUAUCGCUGUGGACCAAACAAUGCAACUAUGCUCUACAUGACGGGAGGCAUGGCCUCCAUCAUGUCCGACGCGCAAACCCUACGUUGUUGCAUCAACGAAUACUCUGA